AUGGACAAACGACCGGGUUCGUUUUACAAAAUCCUGGGCGUCUCGUCCGCGUCCAAUGCGAAGCAGAUUCGUCGAGGGUACCGCAAAGCCGCCGGCAGGUGGCACCCCGACAAGUGGCAGCACGAGGGCGGCGAGUCUCUGGCCAGAGCCGAGGCGGAGUUUCGAAGGGUAUCCGCGGCGUACGAGGUGUUGGGGAACCCGUCGCAGCGCAGAGCGUACGACUCCGACCCAGCGCGGUUCGAAGCGUCGCUCUGA